GUAAAACCUUAGUACUUAUCGUGUCAGUGUCUAUCGCCGUCGUCGGAAAGAAGCGGAUGUUGUUACAUAAUGGUAAUGAUUUACUGCAGGCAUAUCACACGUUGACCUCAAAGGUACAAAGUAUGGAAUCUAAAAUGUCCAAGAUGGAAUCAACGAUUUCUCUGAUACAAAAUACUCAAGCUUUAAAUGGUGAGAGUACAUAUGUUCGAUGGGGUCGUAAAACAUGUCCUGGAAAUAGCACCUCAACGAUGUAUUCAGGCUAUGCUGCAGGAUCAUUCUAUAGCCACAGCGGAGGUGCGGCAAACUAUCUCUGUCUGCCUCCAGAUCCCCAGUGGGCCUACUAUGAAGAUUCUGUGGGUUCCGGAGGGAAGGUAUACGGCGGCGAGUAUGAACUUGGAGAUAAUCAUGCUAACGGUGGAUCACACUAUCUAGGAUCAAAUGUCCGAGACGAAGAUGCCCCUUGCGCUGUAUGCUCCUCACCGAGGUCUAGUGUCAUUAUGAUACCAAGUCGACUCGAGUGCUACCCAGGCUGGACAAAAGAAUACAGUGGAUACCUUAUGUCCGGAGCUUAUUCACAGUCAUCCGCUACGGAGUUUAUAUGCGUGGACUCCCACGUUGACGUCCUAGUCGGCGGUCAUCCAGAUCAAAAUGGACGCCUGUUUUACCUAGUUGAAGGUAUCUGUGGCUCGCUGAAAUGUCCGCCAUAUAUCAAUGGCCGCGAACUUACAUGUGUUGUUUGUACGAAAUAAUUGUCUCUAGAUAUAAAUACCUACUCGUCACGUAUAGCGCAUGGUAGCCGAAACAUUUCGAAACAUUUCAAUAUUUCAAUAUUACUUAGAAAAUGUUUUUAUAACGGAACAAGCACACACUUUGAAUUUAAUUUAAAUUGAAUAGUUGUGAAAAAAGGACAUCUAUAAUAAAACAUGAAAUAAAUUGUACAUAUAA